GGAAGAGUGUCCGGCAAGAGUGCCCAACAAGAGUGUAACAAGAUUUCCUGCUACUUUGCUACUUUAACCACUUGUUUUGGCCCAAGAUAUUUGCGGCGUGUUCUUGCCUUAUCACCAAGUGAAGGGAAUGCCUCGUCCUUGCCAAGAGCGAGCGGAGUUGACUGCACAACAAGAAUGGUUCCUCACAUUGCUUGACAGAAAGUUUGCAGAACAGGAGGCUGUUAUCCGAGAGUUAAUCAGCAGCGAAGGCAAAGAGACCUUCAAUGCUGAAACCUUCUUGGAGAGCAAUCGGCUACCUGACCCUUCGUUGAAGACGGAAAAGGCGAUGGAGAUCACUGAGCCGAACGAGACAAAGCCACGCUCAACCACCAGGCCAAGGGGGACCCUCGCAAAGGUGAUUGGGCAGGAAGUGAUUGAUCCUCCGUUGAAGGCGUGGGUGAAAGGUUCCCUGGAUGGCUACAUGGGCAUGGUCGUGGUUGUCAAUUUGUCCCUCAUGGUGGUCGUAGCACAGUUUGUUGGUGCUAGAGCAGACUAUGGGCUAAAUCUUGCCUCCGAAGAACCAGGCAUGCUCCUGGAAGACAUUUUCUACGUCCUGGACUAUGUUUUUUUUGGCAUUUAUGUCUUGGAUGUCUUGUUGCGCAUUGUGGUCUUGCGGAAAGAGUGGUUCCUUGAUCACGUUGAUGGGAUCAUGUACAUGAACCUGUUUGAUGCAUUCUUGGUGGUUGUCCAUGCUUUGGAGCUUUUGCUGCUUCCGAUACUAUUGGGUGCUAAUCAAGAGCAAAGUACAAGUAGCAUUCGUGUCAUCAAGCUUGUGCGAAUUGUUCGUACACUUCGGAUUGUCAAGACUGUAUCUUUGUUUCGGCAGCUUCGCCUUUUGGUUGGGACAUGUGUGGCAAGCAUCGGCGCACUGUUUUGGUCCAUGGUCCUUCUCUUCAUGUGCAAGGUUGGGUUUGCGCUGAUUGUUUGCCAAGCACUUCAGGGCUUCAUCAUGGACGACAAUGCUAAUUUGGAUACUCGUUUGGAGAUGAACAACCUAUAUGGCAGCUUCACCAAAUCAAUGUACACAACCUUUGAGAUCACCCACAGUGGAAGCUGGCCUGCCCGUGUGAGACCAGUGAUAGAGAAGGUGAGUGUUUGGUAUGCAAUCCCCUUUCUGACGUACAUCACUUUGGUGGUGUUCGCAGCAAUCAGAAUAGUCACGGCCUUGUUUAUUCAAGAGACUCUAGCAAAUGCUGCCAACGAUGCUGACAUCCAGUUGGAGAACAGCCGACGUUUGGCACAGGAGUAUCAGGACAAAUUGGAGGAGCUGUUUCAAGUUGCUGACAACGACGGAAGCGGCAGCCUCACCCAAGAGGAAUUUGUUGAAGCGCUGAGCCUUCCGAGCAUUCAACGGUAUUUGACCUCCUUGGACGUUCGAAUUCAGGACUGCCGGCCAUUGUUUGAUAUUUUGGAUGACGGUGAUGGGCAUAUCACGAUCGCUGAGUUCUGCAAGGGGCUCAUGCAGCUGAAGGGUCAAGCACGAGCUUUGGACAUCCACAUGCUUCAUCGGGAAAACUCGAAGGUCCUGAAGGAAUGUCAGGACAUCCAGCGUCAAAUGCGCUUGGUAUGCAGGGCUGUCAUGUCUGCCUAGGGCAUCUUGAGGCAUGCAAUCCAAGCUUGCCAAGCAUCGGUGCAGUCAUGUUGGCAAAGCCACAUUGACCUGAUGGAUUUUUGCGUCGCUGAUGCCAAAAGGAACUAUACAGCCGUGCCGGUGAGUUUUCACAAGUGUUUUUAACCAUGCCAAUGCUUGCAGCUUUCAUUUGCGCAAGAAGAC